ACAUGACGUAUUUCCUGCUCUCCUCCUGUGUGUUGGCUUGGCUUGAUGUUAGUAGGUGUGCAGACAGAGGGAGGAUUCUGCUGAUUUCAGGGAGCAAACAUGGACAGUCAAGGGAGAAAAGUGGUGGUUUGUGACAACGGCACCGGGGUAAGUUUGGGAACAUGUCCUGAAUCUGACUUUGAGCCGCUUUACCCUCUCCGGGGGUUCAGUUUGGAUGCUAACCUGCUAAUGUUAGCCUGUCUGGGUGGGUAGAGUCAGGAAUGUGUCUGUCAGCUAGAUUUCAUCUGAAACAGUUAAAACACUCACAAAACCAGUCACCAUCUCUGGGAAUAUUUAUGCACAGCACUGUCAAAGAAAACACAAUAUUUUUAUAUGUUUGAUGUCACCAUUUAGCGUUUAAAUUAACCGGCUCUGCCCUCUUAAAGUGAGAUUACAGUCACGUAAAUCUUCACAGAAAUGCAGAUUUAUCAAACUCAAACAGAUCAGUAAAAAGAUUCUAUAAAAUUGCCUUAAAUACUAAGAAUAGUCUUUAACAGUAAAUACAGCUAAAUCAGGAAAAGUGAAGUGGCACUCUGCACAUGCGUGUCACCCUGAUUGCGGAAGUAGAGUCGGUUCUUCCAUGUAUGGCAACUGGUCAGAUCUGCUGAUGAAUUUACUAACAUGAAAAAGAGAAGUCUGUGAGGAGGGAUGGUCAGUUUAUGAGAAACUGGAGGAGUGUGAGGCAGAUUGGCAGACUUUUAUCGUCUGCUUCCUUUGGUUUUUUUUGGAAAAAUAAAGUUACAUUUGUCAAAAAGUAAAACGGCUAGAAAUAUGAAAACUACAAGCCCCACCUCCUCAAGUAGUAGAACAGGAAACGUGGGUUAACAGCUGAAAUAAAAGGAACUGGGAAGGCUAAAAAAAACGACAAAAAGCGUACAGAGGAAGAAAUAUAGUACAGACAGGAAAACAAAAGAGGAAAUGCUGAAUUAGUCUUUAUGAACCGUGAGAGUAAGCGGAGGAAGUUUGUCUGCUGCUGCUUUACAAAAAAAAAGGAAACAAUUAUUAGGAUUAAAAAAUAAUAAUGAUGCAUUUCACUCUGUGUUUGUAAAGUGUGAUAAUAUUGUUCAAUGAUGAGAUACUGAUAUGAUGUGCAACAGAUAAACUCACUCUGAAGACUGUUUGGUCACAGUUUGAAGUAGAGCUGCUUGAUUAGAGAAAAAAUCCUAAUCAUGAUGAUUUUGAUUGAUAUAAAAAAUGAUAACCUAUAGCAGGAGUGUCAAACUCAACCACAGCAAGGGCCAUAAUCUGGAUUUAGGUCUAACCUGAGGGCCAAACAGGGUCAACAUUUCACCAAAACUGUCAACCUCCUUUUAAAAAAAUAUGCAAAACGAAAACAGCAAUGAUUAUAAAUCAUUUAGAAAUUCAAAAAAAGAUAAAAAGAUAAGUUUAACGGCAAUCUGAGAUAGAAGCAUUUAUUACAUUUUUUAUUCUAUUUUUAUUUAUUAUUUCAAAAGAUCAGAGCAUGAUAUAAAAAAUAGAAAAAUAGUGCUUUUAAAGAGCAAAUACACGAGGAGAACGUUGAAAUCAGGUGUAAAAGGUCAAAAUAUGACAUAAAAUUUAAAAUUGGGAUCUAAAGUAUAAAAAUGACAUUAUUCUACUGGAGGAAAUCUGCAGACUUCAUACUGGUGGGCCAAUAAUAAAACAAAUAUGAUAUGAUCUUGUGGGCCAGAUAUAAUUGUUCCACAGGCCAGAUUUGGCCCCCGGGCCUUGAGUUUGACACCUGUGACCAAUGGUAUGACAUCUGCAUCACACGUUUUUAAGCAACUUAAAACUCUUUAAACAUUAAAAAAUCAUUGAAAAACACGCAAAAGAAGUUUGCCUGCCCUUUUUGUCUUUGGUGAUUACACUCGCUAACUAAAAGGCCAGUUUUAUCUUGUAAAAAGUAUUUUGACCCUUUGAAAUUAAACAAUUAAAGGAUUUGAGCCCUUUACCCCUCACAUUUCAGCACAGCCUCCAUAUCUAACAAAUCAUCCAGUUUUUUUAAGCUGUGACAUCCUUAAAACCUCCAGACUUGGGUUUGUAUUUAAUGACAAUUCAAAAAUAUGUUUCUCAUUUAUCCGCCCGACACUUGUUUGCUCAUUUGCACUUGUGAUUGCUACGGCUUCUCUCCUGCCAUGCUCACUCUGUCCCCUGGCUUGGCAAGAGCCCAAUCUUUCUUGGGCUUCAUUUAACGUAAAUAUAAUGUAGAUCUUACAUGGGCAACGCAGCAGAUGGCGCAGUACUGGUCAGUCUCAUAUUUUUAUCAUUAUGUGGAGCCAAAAUCAAAAUCAUGACUGAAAUCUGACUAAUCGUCUAGCUCUAGUUUGACGGCUGCUGAAGAUUGUAGAUCAGGCGUAUUAACAUGAUUACCCAUCUAUUUGACAACAUCUGUAUCAUGCACAAUGCACAUCUCGUAAAAUAAAUGACUCUUUUAAAAGAUUAAUAUUCCAAAUUACCAUUUUUAAAAAGACAUACAUUAAUACUCAUUGUGUCAUUUUAAAUUUCUUUUCCUGUCCAGUUCGUGAAGUGCGGCUAUGCGGGAUCAAACUUCCCUGAACACAUUUUUCCUGCUCUGGUCGGCCGGCCUAUCAUCCGCUCCACAGCAAAAGUCGGCAACAUUGAAAUUAAGGUGAUUUCCUCUUUCUUUGGAGUUUUGUCUCUGAUUUCUUCUUUGAUAUGUCAUGUUGCAUUUACAUGCUCCUCUGAUGGUUGCAUCUCCUGAACUCAUCAGUUAUUCUCUUAACUUUUAAGUUCUGAUGUAGGAAGAAUGCAGAAACUACCAUAAAUAUUAACAUAAUUUUUUAUGACCUUUAUGUCACUAUAUUUGGACAUUUUCCAAUGGUAUCCACAUGGGAUGUGCUCAAAAAACGAUGUGAUGUUGCCUCUGGCAGGACCUGAUGGUGGGGGAUGAGGCCAGCGAGCUGCGCUCCAUGUUGGAGGUGAACUACCCAAUGGAGAACGGCAUCGUCAGGAACUGGGACGACAUGAAACACCUCUGGGACUACACUUUCGGCCCAGAGAAACUCAACAUCACCUCAAGGGACUGUAAGAUCCUCCUGACCGAGCCACCCAUGAACCCCACCAAGAACAGGGAGAAGAUCAUCGAGGUGAGUCGUGGUGGAGAGUCAGAUCCAGCCAACCAGAUGUUAAAUUUGUUUUUGUUGCAUGUCCCUUAAGUACCAAGACAAAAAGCCUCUUUCACCAACAUCUUCUUAAGAUCCUGUAACAGCCUGAUCCCUGAAUUAUAGAAACCUAUCACUCUGUGCAGAAACAGUCACUUGUUGAGCCAGAAAAGUUUCUGUUAGAGACACCUGUCAUUUUGUCUUUUGACCUAAUAAUAGAAAAGUAUUUAAGGAGGGCAUGAUAAUGGUAACAAUAGCAAUAAAAGAUAAUGUCCCCCACUCACACAAGGACACCAGACCAUAGGGACACGUCCACAGAUGUCCCACUGAAUCAAAAAGAGAAGUAGAAAGAUAUUUUCCAACAUUUGAGAUGUUGUCUUUGCAACAUUGGUAAAAAAAAAAAAAAAAAAAGUUUUGAAUGAUUUGCAAACUGAUUUUGCAAUUAACCAACGCUUUCUGUUUCUCCUCCAGGUGAUGUUUGAAACGUACCAGUUCACAGGAGUUUAUAUCGCCAUCCAGGCUGUUCUCACGCUCUAUGCCCAAGGUUUGCUUCCUUCCUUUUUACCGGACUAAACCAAAAACCGCUCUGAUGUAAAUCCAUAUGCCACAGAAAUGAUACUCGAAGGAUACAUUAAGAUGCAAAACAACACUAUGCAAUACAAUACUAUAAUGCAACAUAUGUUCACUCUCAGUACAUUAUCGCUCUGUUCCCAUCAGGUCUUCUAACUGGAGUGGUCGUGGACUCCGGCGAUGGCGUCACUCACAUCUGCCCGGUGUAUGAAGGUUUCUCUCUGCCCCACCUGACUCGACGUCUGGACAUCGCAGGGAGGGACAUUACACGCUACCUCAUCAAGGUAUUUCCCACCUUUUAAUCUUCUAAACUAAAAAAAUUGAUUUUGUUUUGCUAAAGUAUCCUGUCCCUGUCCGUCCACCAGCUGCUGCUGCUGCGAGGUUACGCCUUCAACCAUUCAGCAGACUUUGAGACAGUGAGGAUGAUGAAGGAGAAGCUCUGCUAUGUUGGUUACAACAUUGAACAGGAGCAAAAGCUGGCACUGGAGACAACGGUGCUGGUGGAGUCGUACACAGUGAGUCGCGAUCAGAGUUGAAUGUAUUUAUCUGUUAGGUCUGCAGUAGGAAGAGUAAACGUGUGUGAUGGUGUUCAGGUGAAACUCUGCUGAGUGACAGCAUUUUUGUGUCCACAGCUUCCAGAUGGCCGGGUCAUAAAGGUGGGAGGUGAGCGGUUUGAAGCCCCGGAAGCGCUAUUUCAACCUCACCUUAUUAAUGUAGAGGGAGUGGGCGUGGCUGAGCUGCUGUUCAACACCAUUCAGGCUGCAGAUAUCGACACCAGGUGAGCUGACUGAACCGCUCGUCUUUUAGAGUCAUGAAUAAUAAAUCAGCGAUGCAUCACAUGAUCAUGUUUCUGUGACAGGGCGGAGUUUUACAAACACAUCGUCCUGUCUGGAGGCUCCACCAUGUACCCUGGCCUGCCAUCCCGCCUGGAGCGAGAACUGAAGCAGCUGUACUUGGAGCGAGUGCUGAAAGGAGACGUCGACAAGCUGUCGGUAAGUCAGUGUUUCUGGAAACCAAAACACCAUAAGACGAGAGAGAAAAAAGUCAGCGGCUCAGUGUUUAAUGCCAGUGCUAAAAUAAAUUUCAUAAAUCAAACUGGAACUCCUGAAAUGUGCAAAUUCUGUUGCAUUAACCAGAGUUCCGUGGACAACAGCGAGUAAACAAAAUGAUCUCAGAAAAACUACACACCGUGUUGACCAUGGUUUUGCACAUAGUUUUUGCACUUCUAUAGAAAACCCGGAGAAAUGUUUAAUGUUCCAUUAACCAGGAAUACUUGGACGUCAGUGAGUGAUCAAAUUACUCUCCUAAUAUUAACACUGGUUUAAAAUGUAGUACUCAUAAUAGAAACACUGAAAAGCGCAAUCACUGCCACACUAACAAGGGAUCCCUGGAAGACAUUGAGUAAUCAGUGAGUAAGAAUGUUCUUAGAAUAACACCACCAUUUGACCCUGAUUGGACAUUAAAUAUAUGCACUCCUACUGGAAACCCCAAAAAGUGUAGGUUUGGUUGCAUUAACCAGGGAUCCCUGGACAAAAGUGAGUGAACAAAACUAGGUCUAAAAAAAUGGUACGUCAUAUCUGCACUGAUUUGACAUCUAGUACUUGCACCGCUUCAGAAAACCCUUAAAUGCAAAUGCUGCUGCAUCAACCAGGGAUCCCUGAAUGUCAACAAGGAUAAAGAGAAUCAAAUAUUUCUCUGUGCAGCCUUAAAUUUGUGCAUUUUAUGGUGAAAAUGUGUUUUCUCUAUUGGGAGAAUAGUGCCUUUUUCUGGUUCUUGUCCAAAUAUCUGCUUUUUUGAGCAAGUUCCUGCAGUACCUUCAUCCACCAGUAGAGAGAGCUAAAUCAUCAAACAUAUUAAAGUCUGUUCUGCUGCUGAAACAUCUUUCUUCUCUCUUUGUCCUGGUCUCAUGUGGGUAAGGUGAAAAUAUGUUGCUGAGAGGAGCCCAGGAAAUCCUUCCAACCUGUAAUUAAAAGAUAAUUUGAGUUUCUCGCAGAGACCUCACAGGGUGAUGAGGAUUUCAACAUGUUUUCGCUUUCUUUUCCUCUGUUGACACUCACUUCUCCUUCUACCUCAGAAAUUCAAGAUAAGGAUAGAGGACCCCCCUCGCCGUAAACACAUGGUGUUCCUGGGCGGUGCUGUGCUAGCUGACAUCAUGAAGGACAAAGACAACUUCUGGAUGACACGGGAGGAGUACCAGGAGAAAGGGACACGCGUGCUGGAGAAACUGGGCGUCACUGUCAGAUAAAACGGAAACAAACAAACAAACAAAACACACUUCCACCCAGAGUCCCUCCAUCUGCCUGUCAGCUGAAAUCCACACACUGCUUCCCCCCGAGGUUUACCAAGAGAUACUCUUUGUUUCUUUCAAAAGAAGACGGGAAAGGACAGGAGGGGGAAGUGGUGGAAAAAGGGAUGAAGGAUGUGAAGUGUUUGACGGUGAGUUUCUUGACAUGCAAAACUCAGAGAAACGUGCAAUGAUACCUGUUUGAUCACUGCAGAAAAAUUCAACAAAAUUUAAAGGAAUAGCUCAAAAUUUUAGGUCCUAUGCACAUUAGAUUAUAAGACAGAAUUGCUCUUAUGGCUUGAGAGGAUUCAGCUAGGUAAACAUUAAUACCAAAAGCAGGGGAAACAGCCAUUAGGGUUUGGCCAAACUAAAUGAGAAGCCUCACCUUACGUUAUAAAUGGUUAAUUGUUAAACCUGAAAAGGAGGCUUUAAGGUGUCUUUAGCAUAUUUUGGGGUCUUAACGACAAAUUGUGCAAACACAAUUACCAAAAAUGUCCCCCUGGUUUUCUUCAUGACUCUUCAUGGUGGCACUAUUUUAAUCCUGCAGUUUACCUUUCAGGGGUAUUUUGUCUUCUUUGGCUAAAAUGAUAUCUCGUACUGUCAUUAUAUGGUCAUCUUUUAACUAAUCAAUGCUAAUACUAAUUCUAUCAUUUUCAUGGGCUAUGUCCAGGACUCAUGGUAUUAUGAGUCAUAACAAGCCGUUCAAGUGUUUUGUACGGUGGCCCAAGAGGUCAAAAGCACAGAUAUUAUAUGACCCCCUCAAAAAUCAACUGAAUGCCAAAUACAUUUGACCAAAAAGAAAAUAAUUCAUAUAACAAAAACAUUUUUCUAAGUGCAAAAAACAUCAUGAAAUGUCAAACAUUUGUGUUUUGUGAAAUAUUUUUGCAUUUUAAGAAAAAAAAUGUAUCAAAUACAUUGUGGGCAUUUCAUGAUUUUUUUUUCCAUUAUGUGAAAUACUUUUACAUUCCAUAAAACUUAGGUUGUUUUUUUUUACGAGUAACAUAUUUUUGCAUCUCAGUUUUUGAAUUUUGCUAAAAUCUUUUUCCUUUUCAUGAAGUUCUUUUUUAAUUCAUUAACAAUUUUUAUGUUUCAUGAAAUGUCUUGGCACUUCUUAAAAUAUUUCUGCAUUUCCUAAAACAUUUUUGCAUUUCAUGGCAUUUUUUUCUUCCUGCAAAAUUUUUGGUUUCUGUAAAAGUUUUGAAAUUCUCCAAAACGUUUUUACAUUUCUUAAAAGAUUUUUGCAUUUCAUAAAUUGCUUCUAUGUUUCUAUACUUUACUAAAUUGUCAUAGCAUUUCAUGAAAAUUUUUAUAUGUUAUGACAUCUUUUCUUGAUAAGUGGAAAAUUUUUGGUGUUUAGUGACGUUUUCAUUGGUGACACCUUCAAGACCGUCGUAGUUCAUAGAUAUGUUUGGACAAAGCCAGGUCUGCUCUUUCCCCUUUUUCUGGUCCAAGAGAAGCUUUACAGCUUUUUACAGCAGACACAAAAUAAUUAUAAAAAUAACUAUUUAAAAAAAAAAAAUCACCUUUCAGGCAAAACUACAGCCCACGGUGUUCUCAAAAAAUACAUUAAAGAUAAAUAAGAUUUCCACUUUGUGAAUAAUGUGUCACCUGAGCUUCCUUAAACAGUUGCUGGCAUUAAAAAUAGUCACGAUAAGGUGGGGCAUUAAAUUAAAUAAGAGUUCUGAAUGGAUAGGUAAUCACACACACUAUGAAAAUAAGAACUUUAAUUUCCUUAAAGACUAGAGUGUUUUCGAAGCACCUUGCUAUUCUUUGGCCUCUUUUUUGCUUUUUGAAUACCUUAAUUAUGUUAAAAUAGGUAGUAUUUAAAAAAUGAAGAUAUUAGAAAUAUGAGGUCUAAUAUGAAGGAAACGUCCUCAGUUUAUAAGUUUCAAAUCCUCAUGAAUCAAAGUUUGAAGAAGUUAAAAUUCAAGAAGGUGAGAAGGAUUUAGGUCUGAAACAGGUUUGAUUUUGUUAUUUUUUGUUUCCAGUUUAAAAACUGAAAAACCAGAGAUCACUAAAACAGAUUUCAUUAUUUUAUGAUAAAAAAACACAAAGUCAUUCCUGAAGUCAAGAUUGAGGUCUGCGGUAUAAUGUAUUGAUAUCCUGCUCCUGGGCCCAGAUUUCCAAAAGUGAUCUGGUCAGAUGAAAGUUUUCAGAUUGGAGAUACUUUUCUCUGACUGACAAAUCAAGGUGUCAAGAGUCUUUAAAUUUGCCCAGUUUGUCUUUCUUUGUGUGUACCAAUAUGAAGAUAUGAAGAAAAUUAAAAUUUUCGGAAAAACAAGUAAGAGACAAAGUUGUGACUUGACAAGGGAAAAUCACAUUUAUAAGAGAUUUUUGAUAUAAAUAAAAAAAGUCAGAAAUUGCUAAAAAAAAUAAAAUAAAUAAUAAUAAUAAUAAUUUGUCAGAAAAAGGCUGGAAAAAAUGAGAAAAAGUUGCAAAUUUACAAGAAAAGGUAAAAAAAAAAAAGUAGAAUGAAGUCUCAAACAUACUUGAGCUAAGUGGUAAAUUAUACCUCCCAAAAAACUUGUAAACAUAUGAGAAUAAGGUCUUGAGUGAAUUUACAUGAAAUAAUGGUGAUUGUGUUUUUUUUAAUUAAAAUUUUGCCGAAUUUUGCUUUUUUAGGUUGGGAUUGCUAAAGAAAGACAGGAAAUGUUGGGAGUAGAGAGAGGGGAACGACAUGCAGUAAAAGGUUGUGGCUGGAAUUUGAACCAGUGGCUUUUGUGACGAGGACUAUUGCCUCUAUUCAUAUGGCUACUAGAAUGCAAUGCCACUGGCUCACUGAAAAAUUGUACAUCAAAAAGUUAGUUAGUAGUUAAAGAAAACUACUACAGGAGAAAAGUUUUAAAUGUAAGAGAAUGAAGUUUAAAUUUGAAGAACAAAGUUGAAAAUUUAAAAGAAAAUGUUGCAAAUUUACCAGAUUAAAUUUAUUGCACAGUAACAACAGAGUAAAGAUGUAAGUUCUUAAUUCACUCCCCUAAAAAUGUUGGUUCCCAAACAUAAAGAAUAAAAUUGUAAAUUUAUCAAAAGAAUUUUAAAGUGUAUUUGAAUGAAUUCCCUAGUUUAUACAGGUUAAGUUGUUGAUAUUGGGAAAGAAAAGUUGUAAACGUGUAAGACAGAGUCCCAAACUCACAAGAGUUACUUCAAAAAAUAAUAAGAAAAAAGUUGUAAAUGGAAAAGGAGGAAGUGGAAUAUUGUAGAAAAAAGUUAAAAUUUUAAGAAAAGAAGCUAAAAAUUGAAGAAAAAAGCCAUAAAUGUAUGCCAAUGAAGUUGUAAACAUUCAAGAGUAAGUUGUAGAUUGAAAUGAAUGAGAAUGUAGUUGUAAUUUUGUAAAAAAAACAAAACAAAACAAAACAAAACAAAACAAAAAACAGGUGUUAUUAAAGGCUGUUAUUGAUCAUUAAAAGAGCAGCUGGCUGCCUGCGCCACUAUGAGGUACAUCUUUUCCAGCAUCCUCCCUUUAAAGUGAGUUAUCAAAUUUACAACUUAAUUUAUGUUCAUUUUUGACUGAGUUCUCAAAAUCUCUUAUCUUUCCUUCAUCACUCGGCCCUAACGUUCAGUCUUUGUCUGCUUCUCUGACAGAAUAUACGUUUACUCUGUACUAACAUGUCUAAUGAAGUGCUCAGUGACUUAAAUGUCUGGGAUCAACAGGACUGUGGUCGAUAUGAUUAGACAGUCCUGCACCAUGUGACUGUAACACACCUUUUUGCCAUGAUUCCUCUGCUAGCUUCCUUUGUUUUUUUUUUUUUUUUAUAAAUGUGUCUUUUUCCAGUAUAUUUUCAAACAUUUUUGUACUUUAAUGUCACAGACCGGGCUUCAGCUCGUUCUGUGGUGGACAGUCAAAUGUCCAAAUGUUGACCUGGAUCAUUCCUUCACAUAUCUUGUGAGUCUUAUGGUGAAGCGCUGUGCUCUCAGCAGCUGGUUGGUUUGAAAGUGUGCUGAACAAAUUAGCUGAUUGUAAGUUAGAUGUUCAGGGCCAAAUGAAAAAAUGACCUGUAUCCAGACAAAAGACGUCUGUUAAUAGGAAACGGUUCCAUGUUUUGUUUAAGAAAGAGAAGAGGAGGUGUGGACAGUAGAGACGAGUGUGAGCUGAUGGUGCAAACAGUUCUGCAAUCAGGAACAACCUCAUUGGUUGAAAUUAGGUUGUUUUAUAAUCCCUCCCAAACAGCCACUAAACUCCUGAAAAUUUCCAGACUUUUUCUGGGUGGGCUGCAUGUGUGAACGCAAACAGACAUAUUUUUUUAUCCCAAUUUAUCCAGACUUUUCUGACUAGUCCUGUUGGCAAUAUGUCUGCAAGAAGUUGGGGUGAGUUAGUUGGCGAAUGCAGCAGUUGAAAGUCAUAAAAAUUCAGGACAAGCUGAGAUGACGUCACUUUGUACUCCCUAUUUGUCUCAGUAGACUGUAUUAGCGUUCUGCUGUUGCGUUUGCACUGAAGAAACCUUUACUGGACAUUCCUUACCUCAUCCAGACUUUAUUGUGAAAUAAUAUCAGGGGGGCUAGCAGGAAACAUUUCAGGUAAAGUCAGGAUGAAAAACUCAGCUGUUUUGUGUUCCCACCACCAAUUUUUAGGAAAUUUUCAGGAAGUCUGAAAGGGGAUCCAGAAAAAGGAAUGUGCACCUUUUUGUGCCCUGUGCAAAUGACACACUUAAACAUUGUCUCUGUGCGCAGGUGGGUUGUGUAUAUUUAACAGAGCCAUUGUGCAUUCAAAUAUGGAAAAUUGGCCUUUUUCUAUGCAAAUGAGCCUCAUGCAGAUUGCGCUAGAGUAGUAAUAGAAGACGUUACACUGUAUGUGGACAGAUCUGAGCUCUGUGGAGACGAGAGUGGAGAUGCUAACGGCUCAUCCCCAGUCAGAUGCAAACCAGAGUAAACUGCACAGAGCUGCAAAACCUUUACAGGUGUGCUUGAAUAUCAUUAGCUGAUUCGCUUUGUCAGUUAAAUUUUGAGACAGAGCAUAUAGUGAGGCAAAUAAUGCACAAUCUGAUUUUAGUGAACUUCCUCCCUCCUUGCUCUUUUAACUUCCCUGGAGUUAAGAGAGCAAGUUUGAGCAGCAAAUUCCUGUACAUAUCAGUACCUGAAUCUCCAUCCUGUUCAUAAUCAGCCUUCUAUCAUCAUGAUUGGUGGAAAUAUAACUGCAUUUUAAAGGACCAUUUACGAUAUUUAUUCAAACUUAGGUUGUUUUUUUCCCAUGUGACUCGGCAUUCCUUUCUUUCAUGGCUGACCCCCUCCUCUCUUUCUCCAUCUUUUUUGAACAGAAGAUAAUUUUUGGUUGUUUUUUUGUUAUAUAAAUAAGAAUCUGGUGUCAGGAGAUGGAGACCAUGUAAAAGCUGGUAUUUGUGGUUCUCUGUCUGGGUUCUUCUGUGUACAUCAGAGGCACUUGAGCUCAUAUAUAAUACAAAUAAAGUGUAUGAUAACCUUCUGAUUACACAGCAUCAAGUGCCAAGUAUAGUUAUACUUGCUGGGUUUUAUUUUUGUUUGUUUUUUUCAUUUUGUUUGUAACAUUACUGCCAAGCUCGCGCUGAUUAAAAUAAAGCAAAAUGAUUUAUAGA